CCCAUCACUUUUCUUAGGGAAUACUUCCAAGUGUUGGAAAAAGAAGAAGCAGUAAAAGCCAAACAAAAAGCUCCCAUUUCUCCGGACAACGAACGCGACGAUGACUUGUCUCCCGUUCCCAUCCCAUCCAACACUCAACGCCCCCGAAGGGGUGGUGUUUCUGCUGAAACUUACAAUGAAGACGAUGUGAAAAAUUACGUAAAAAAGGUUGUGCCUAAGGAUGACAAGGCUCGGGCAUCACUCGAGAAAGUUAUGUCCAAAAUAGUGUUAUUCAAGCAUUUGGAUGAUAACCAAAGAAGUGAUAUAUUCGAUGCAAUGUUCGCUGUGGUGCACAAUCCGGGCGAAAUGAUCAUCAAACAGGGCGAUGAGGGCGACAACUUCUAUGUCAUCGACGAGGGAGAGGUCGAAAUAUAUGUCAACAACGUUUGUGUGACAACCAUCGGCGAGGGCGGCAGCUUUGGUGAACUGGCGCUCAUAUACGGCACCCCUCGGGCCGCUACAGUCAAAGCCAGAAAUCACGUCAAAUUAUGGGCCAUCGAUAGGGACACGUAUCGAAGGAUUCUUAUGGGAAGUAUUAUUAGGAAAAGAAAACUAUACGAAGAAUUUUUAUCCAAAGUUUCAAUUCUCGGUAUAAAAUGA